CUCGGGCAGCCAGGAUUGGCCAGACUUUGACAGAUCGGUCUCGCUCAAAUGUUUAGAUAAUUUUCACUCGCUUUUUUCCUCCGGAAAAUCCACCUCAAAGCAAAACUGUUUUCUUUACUGUUUGCCAACGAUUCUCAUCAUGCUCCUCCGUGUGAAUAAGCUGUGAAACAAAUGUAAGUGUUCCUAGAUCAGUGCGUGGUGCCGUGAAAAGAGCAGCCGAGCGUGUGUAUGCGCGCGUGUAUGUGUGUGUGUGUGUGUAUGUGUGUGUUAAGAAACGAAGGAAACCUUCCCAGCUGCCCCGAAAAGCACAACACACCAAAGGCUUUGGAUGCUGUAGUGAAAAAUAGCAAUUAUUGCUAAAUGUGCAUAGGAAUGUAGCUGUGUGUAGUGUGCAAAGUGUGAAAUCUCCCGUGAAAAGUCAGUGAAACGUGUGGUAGUUGUACGUGCAAGUCUGAAUGUCCAACACGCAGCGGUACGAACCAUAAGGAAAUCAGCAGCUGCAGCAUCCUUCUCUGGCUCUGCCAACAGGACACUCUUUCAUCGCUUGCAUCGACACCGAAGAAAAGCUGUUGCGGUGCUACAAGAAGCAUCGAACGGAACCUUCUUCGACCAUUGAGUCCCCGAAUAAAGCACGGGAUCCAGUGUCGCGUAAUCGGGGAGGUGCGUGUGUCGUAUUUACAGUCACGUGCAUACAUCAGCAGCGUUUAUACUGUCAGCAAACGAGUUGUUCGAACCCGGUUUCGUCAAACGCUUGCCCGUUUGAGAGUGUUGUAAUUGCACAUUAACCACCAACCAUCGCUCCAAAGCGCACCAGCACCAUGCACGGACAUAUGCCUCCACAGCAGCAUCCGGGGAUGCAUCCUGCACAUCAACCACCGCCACACCUAACGCAUUUGCCCAGCCUGCCGCCCCCCAACAUACAGCGCGACCAUCCCGCUAACAGACUGAACAACGUACGCCAUCAUCACCCGCGUGGUGUGGACCAUCAGGCAGCCGCUGGCAUGGCCCCGCACCUUCCAAUCCAAGUUCCACCUCCGCCGCACCCGCAGAACCCACAGAACGCUCGAAAGCCGCCGGGUCCGUCGUACUACAGCAUGCACGGCGGCGUGCCCAAGUCGAUGCCAUUGAACGCGCCCCAUCUGCAUCCUUCGCCGUCAGGACUCGGGGUGGGACCGCCACCACCACCACAUCAGCAGCACAUGGGUUCGAUGUCGCUCACCGGACCCGGUGGUAAGCUUCCGUACGGCAUGGGUAGUGGUGGUGGUGGUGGUGGUGGUGGUAGUGGCGGAGGUGCUGGUGGAAGUGGUUCUGGAGCAAUGGGAAAGCAUCAGCCGCCGAUUUCGGUGCAUCAUUCCGUGACGAUGCAGGCACCACCACCGAUACCAGUUGUCUCAGCCGAGACUCCGGUUGGUACGAAAACGCGUCACAUCCCCUCGAACGCGGACCAUAAACUCCAUCACAGCCACGGCCACAGCGUGCUGCAAUCGAACGGUACUUGUGGUCCCGGUGCGAAGGGAAUAGCGAACACAAAUCAUCACUCUAAUCAGUCGGGAUCGACGAUGGAUAAGACAAAGGGGUCCGGUCAAACAGCGGCAUCCGGUAGCAGUGGAGGCAAUAGACAGCAUCACAACCACCAUCAUAAUCAGCAUCAGCAGCAGCAGCAGCAUCAACCACACGUCUCGAAGCCAAAAGAUGGUCCACUUCCAAAGGAUUCGUCUGCGCUAAUAGCAGUCAAAGCGAGUAGUGCUUCCAGUGCGACCGCGUCCGCAAUACCGACGAUGGUGAAGCAGACAGGGUCGAGCACUGGCACCACUACCACUACUGUCACAGCGAACGGCGGCGGACCACUGCUGGUGACAACGACGGGCUUGGAACAGAACGGAGCAGCUAACCAAUCGACGGCAGAAGGACAACACUCACCAACCGACUCGAUAGAAGCCUUGGCAAACAUUAAAGAGAAAACGACCAUGUGUUUAGUUAAUGAGCUGGCGCGGUACAACAAAAUCCAGCACCAGUACCGACUGACCGGCGAAUCCGGACCGGCCCACAAGAAACACUUCACCGUCACGCUGAAACUGGGCGACGAAGAGUACACGGCCGAGGGGGCGAGCAUCAAGAAGGCGCAGCACAAGGCGGCCGGUGAUGCGAUCGCCGCGACGAAGUAUAAGCACCCGCCAGCCCGGAUAAACCGUCGCACCAAAACCGGCACCAAGGGCAACGUGAGCAGCUUUACGCCAACCGUCGAGCUGAACGCGCUGGCCAUGAAGCGUGGUGAACCGACCGUGUACACGGUCAAGGCGGUUCCCGUGCCGGUCUCAACCGGUGGGCGACGCCCGGUGGAAGACAAGUCCGCACCGGGCGUUGGCCACUCGCCCUCCGGUAUGGGACACGGAACGGGGGCGGGACGGUACGCGGGUGAGGGCGGUACUGGUGGCAGCGGUUACUGGGGCCGUGCGAAUGGACCGGCCGGCGGUAAUACGGCGGCUGGUGUUGGCGGACGUGGAGGCAUAGGUGGAUUUCAUCCGGGACACCAGCAGCAGCAGCAGCAGCAACAGCAACAUCACGGUCAUCAUCCGCGUGACGAUCAUCAGAAUCGCCAUAACUAUCACCAUCACCAGGACGCCUAUGGACACCAUCACGGUUCAUCGGCACCAACCGCCGCCGUGCAGGAGUUCUACAAGGCCACGCUUCGGGUCGGCGAACGAACGUUCCUCGGCGAAGGCCACACACCGCAGGCCGCACGGCACGAUGCAGCGGCCCGAGCGCUGGAGGUGCUGAAGCCACUCUCAACGGACAGUGCCGACGGGAAGGGGGGCAAGUCCGGCGAAAAUGCUGCCAACGGUGAUACCACAUCAAGCGACGGUGCGUCCACGGACGGGUACGAUCCGAACGCGGAAGUCAAGUCACCGAUAUCGCUUGUACACGAGAUCGCCGUCCAGCGUAGCCUAUCCGUCGUGUUUGAAGUCAUCAGUGAGAAGGGCCCACCGCACAUGACCGUGUUCGUGACGCAGUGCAAGGUGGGCACGAUCGUAACGGAGGGCGAAGGGACCGGCAAGAAGCUGUCGAAGAAGCGGGCUGCGGAAAAAAUGCUCGAAGAACUACGCAAGCUGCAGAGCGCGGAACAGCAGCAAACGCAGCCGGCGGCAUGGGGUGAAGGUGGAAGCCGCGCAGCAGGAGCUCCGGGUGGCGAGAAGCGUAAAUCGAACGCGAAAGCGACGGCCGCCACCGACGGUGCCACGGCGAAGAAGAAAGCACGCAAUCUUAUCAAGGAAAAAUCGCUGGUGGACGUGGCCGAGAAGGAAAAUCCCAUCUCGCGCUUGAUGCAGAUCCAGCAGGCACGCAAAGAGAAGCAACCGGUGUACACGCUGCUGGAAAACGAUCGGCCAAAUGUUGGACGACGCCGGCAGUUUACGAUUGAGGUUUGUGCCGGUGGCACUAAAAAAACCGGUGUCGGUAUGACGAAAAAGGCCGCCAAAUGGAAUGCAGCCGAAGCACUGCUCGUCGAGCUGGGCUAUGUGACGGAAGCGAAGGAAGCGCCGAGUGGCGGUGAUGUCGCGGCCAACAAGGAAAACCAAUCCGGCGUGGCCAACGAUUCGUCCCCGACGGGUGGCAAGCGUUCGCGGAAAGUACGGUUCCAGGACGAGCCACGCAACGGUGUGCCAUCGGCGACUCAAAUCCUACCGAUUCCCUCCCCGAACAGUGCAGCUCAAGGGAAAGGUGAAGCGCCAAAUGAUUCGAUGAACGACAGUAUCGCCUCCAACGACAGCAUGGGAACGAACAGUUCCGGCGUGUCAAGCGCGUCCUCGACGGCACCGAAGGGCGACAUUGGUGCAAAGAAGGAGCAGCUACUGUAUCUGGCCCAGCUGCUGAAAUUCGAGGUACAAUUUUCCGACUUUCCGAAGGGCAAUCACGGUGAAUAUCUGACGCUGGUGAUACUCUCCACCGAACCGCCACAGCUUUGCCAUGGUAGCGGUGCAAGCCUCCAGGAAAGUCACGACGCUGCGGCCCUUGGAGCGCUCGAAAUGCUGUCCAAAAUCGGGCUGGACAACGUAAAGCCCAAAGCAUCAGCCACCGGCACCGGGAGCAGUGGACCGGACGAUGCAACAACUUCUGCAUCGGCCGCAGUAGUGUCUGCAGCCGGUAAUAGUAAAUAAUUCAUUAGCCCGGUGAAACUAUUUACUCACGCAACUUCACGAAACCGGAAGGGGUGUGGAUGGUAACGGAAGGAUUAGUGAUAUGCGUGUGCGUGUGUGUGAUCGAUAGCGACGUUAACUAAAUGCAACCGGUUUGCAGCGAACGGCAAGUGGAAUGUAACAGAAAGCUUACACAAAACACCCCUCGCAAAGAGCACUGAAACCGUGCGAAGAAAGGGACGGGAUUGCUGGAAACCGCCGGCAGCUAUAGGUAGAGCAGGUUUUCCACAUUUUUUUGUAUCUUUUUUGUUUACUUUUGUUACGCGUUUUGUUAGACUGUUUUGAGCAAACCAAUAUUGCAAUUUAUUUAUUGUUUGUAAUUGUUUUUUGUGCCUCCUUACUGCAAGGAGAGCAUCGUCGAAUCGCACAGAGUGCUGCAAGCUUUUUUUCAGCUACUAUUCCACAGGACGCAAUACAACUCUCGCUACAAAUUUGGCCUACGUAGAAUGAGUGUUUUUGAUAAAUCAAAAAAAGGAAACCAGUCAAACGUUAUGUUCCUGCCGGGCAUAAUAAAUCAUAAAGCUGCA